AUGGUCCACAUGGCCAUCAAGAUUGAGACUCAACUCAAGAGGAGGGGCAACAACAGCAGCAACCAGCGCCAGAGUCAGGGCAAGUGGAGGUCUUCGCAACCAGUUGCUAGCAGUUCUUCGUCCAGAGGGACCCCAUGGCAGAAGGAGGCACAGCCGAGAGAGGAGCAGAAGCAGAGAAUCAUGAUCAUGCGAGAUGACGGCGAAGUUGUGACGGAUGGUGAUGACACCGAUCCUGAUAUGCCGAAAUUGGAGGAUGUAGAUGCUGCCGAUGAUGAGGAGGAGUGUGAGGAGAUUUUCGCGCCCAAUGGACAACUUUUUAUAGCUAGGAGAGCCUUGAGUGUCCAAACUCCACCCCAUGAGCGCGAGCAGAGGGAGAACCUUUUUCACACGAGAUGUCUUAGCUUGGAGCCUGAUUUUCCCCAGGAUGCACCGAACUAUGCCACCUUCCUCCGCCUCCACAUGUACGCCGACGGAAGUUAUACGACGGAGAAAGAUGCAAGAAUUGACGCCGAGGUUCAUCGACUGGCUGCUGCCACAGGACGAGAGUCACGGCUAGAUGAGGUGUAUUUGGAGGUGGUGCAUCCGGAUAGGUCACGGAUCUACGGCGUCGGGAGUGCCGGGCAGAGUCAGGCUAGUAGGGGGUCUAUCCGCAGCACGGACACUUCUGCGGUGUCUCAGCAGCUUUAUGAGACACGAAUCUCCACGCUGGAGGAGCGAUUGGCGGCAGAGCAAGCAGCACGCCAAGAGAUGCAGGACCGCAUGGCGGCAGAGCAAGCAGCACACCAAGAGAUGCAGGACCGCAUGGCUCAAUUGGAGGCGUUUAUGAGGAUGUAUAAUGCUCAGCCACCUCCACCCCCUGAUGCCGAUGAUGAUGAUGAUGAUGAUGCUUAGGACUUUCCGUCUUUUAUUAUCAUGCUAGACUUAUAUUUAUGUUUUCAAACAAAAUUACAUUUGCACUUUCUUUUCAAAUUUAUGUUUUAUUCUUCUAUAUAUUUCAAGUGCUU